UCUAUUCAAUUUAUAACUUCAUUAAUAAACUAUUACGAUCACAAGAGUUUUGACUCAGAUUCUCCUUGCUCUUUUGAUUUGCUCCUGAAACAGUUCACGGUGCAUAUAAAAUUGAAUUUAAAACAAAAAAAACAUACUGCAAAUCGAAGUUAUGGCUUCUCUCGUUGCUCCCAAGCAGUUUUCUCCUGUUGAAGAUGCAGAAAACAUCAAGAAAGCUUGUCUAGGAUGGGGAACCGACGAAAGGGCUAUAAUCUCAAUACUAGGACAUCGAAAUGUAUUCCAGAGGAAGCUUCUUAGGCUAGCUUAUCAAGAGAUUUAUCAAGAGGAUCUGAUCCAGCAACUCAAGUCAGAACUUUCUGGUGAUUUUGAGAGAGCAAUAUGCCACUGGACCUUGGAUCCUGCUGAUCGAGAUGCAGUAUUAGCCAAUCUGGCAUUACAGAAACCAGUCCCUGAUUAUAAGGUGAUCGUCGAAAUUACUUGUAUUGCAUCACCGGAUGAUCUCCUGGCAGUGAAACGAGCUUACAGAUCUCGCUACAAGCGCUCCCUGGAAGAAGAUGUGGCCUCUUACACCACAGCUGAUAUUCGAACACUUUUGGUUGCAGUAACAAGUGCUUACAGGUAUGAUGGCAGUGAAGUUGAUGAAGCUGUGGCCCAUGCAGAAGCUAUUACGCUUCAUGAUGAAAUCCAGAGGAACCCCUUGAAACAUGAAGAGAUUAUCAGAGUCCUAGGCACAAGAAGCAAAGCCCAGCUUAAUGCAACUUUCAACAUUUAUAAAGAUAUCUAUGGCACUUCCAUCACUAAGAAUUUGUUGGGUGAUCCUGGCAAUGAAUAUCUAGCUGUGUUACGUACUGUUAUCAGAUGCAUUAAAAAUUCAAAGAAAUAUUUCGCAAAGGUUUUGCGCAAUGCAAUUAAUACAGUGGGGACCGAUGAGGAUGCUCUCAGUCGCGUGAUUGUCACACGUGCUGAGAAAGAUCUGAAGGACAUCAUGGAGCUGUACUUGAAGAGAAACAAUAUAAGUCUUGAGCAAGCAGUGGCCAGAGACACUUCAGGGGACUACAAAGCAUUCCUUCUAGCAUUAUUAGGGAGUGAAGAGAAUUAGAUGGUUUCAGUGACUGAUCAGAGAGCUGGUAUUGAACCAGUUGAUUAGUGGUACGUACUCUUAAAUUAUAGAUCUUUACGAAUAGAUAGACAUUCAAUAGAAGCAUGAAUCUCUUUUUUGAUGGUAUCAGGAAGUGUUCAAAGCAUUGAAGAAGAAAGAGCUUUCAAAGUGAGUAGGCUGCUGAGACCAUCAUCUAUGUUUAAACAACUCUUUAAGAAUAAAAACAUGAUGAACUCUACCAUAUUGAACUCAUAAUAUUUUCCGGGAAAAUUACACGAAAGUAACUUGUAUUUUA